UAUAAACAUGUACAUCCUGAAGCCUACCCAUCAACCUUUUAUCCACCAAUAAAUAAUCUAACAAACUACGUACUUUCAUUACGUGCUAUAUUAUAUCUUAUACGUUUUCUCAGUGGCAGUGGUAGCAGCGGCAUCCUACCAGCUCUUAUUCUUCAAGAAACCAUCGCUCAUCAAAGCUUGUGAUGGCCUAAUUGAAGGUACAACUACAUGAACCCACAUAGACCACAAAAUGACCCCAAAAUACUAAGAAUGUAAUCCAAAUCUUGACAAAAUAGAAGAUCUAAGGAUGACAGCCCUGCUAACCCAAACACCGCCUCCGCUGCCAGAGGAUCACUUAACCCAAGCUCAGGAAAAUCAAGAUUUCUCCUCCAUAGCUUCACAGUAUCUACUUUAGUGAUACUAUGAAAGGAAAUCGCAGAAGAAACAACAGCAGUAACAAAAGAAUAACACCAAAGACUCUACAACUCAACAUGUCUACCCAGCAGGAUGCCAGUAUAUCAUCAACCCCCCCUCACCACUGCCUAGGAAACAACAACAAACGUGGCUGACUCCCCCUCCAACUCCACUCCCUUCAAAGGAUUCUCUCAAGAACACCCAGAUUAUCAUCAUAACCCUUCACCAUGUCGAAGAAAAGGAAAUGGAAUGAUGACUACGUUCGUUUUGGUUUCACUUGCAACGGAAAGACUGAGGAUCUGCAAAAGCCUCAGUGCAUAAUCUGUGGAAAUGUUUUCUCCAAUGCUAAUUUGAAGCCAUCUAAGCUGCAAGAACACUUCAACAACCAACAUGGUGGGGCCAAUGUUGCGGGCCAUGAUUUUAAGUCGUUGCAAGCUAAAAGAGCCCGUUUUGAUUCUCGAGCAACCCUUCCAAAAUUAGGGUUUAUAUCUGUUAACAAACCACUGACAGCUUCAUACCAAGUGGCGUACAAAGUAGCAAAGUCUAAGAAACCUCAUACUGUUGCAGAAGAGCUUAUCAAACCAUGUGCAUUAGAAAUGGCUACAACUAUUCUCGGAAAUGAAGCAAGAAAGAAGCUUGAAUUAGUGCCACUGUUAAAUAAUGUUAUUCGAAGCUGAAUUGAUGAUUUGAGUUUAGAUAUUUUGGAACAAGUUAUCUCACAUAUGAAGGCUAGUCCCUUGAAAAUCUCCCUUCAGUUGGACGAAACUACUGAUGUUUCUAAUUGCAGUCAACUUAUUGCACUGGUGAGGUAUGUUCAUGAUGGUGCCAUAAAAGAGAAUUUCCUUUUCUGUGAAGAACUGAAAACAACCACCAAAGCAAAAGAUGUGUUUCAGUUUGUGAAAGACUUCUUUGCAAAAUAUGAAUUGGAUAUCCAAAUUAUUGGAUCUGUGUGUACUGAUGGCGCUCCUGCUAUGCUGGGAAAUAAAUCUGGGUUUUUUGCACUGAUGAAACAGGAGAUUCCAUACUUGCAAGGCACUCACUGUUUCCUUCAUCAUCAUGCUUUGGCAUCAAAAACCUUGCCUCCAAAAUUGAAGAAAGUCCUUAAUACUUCAGUAAAGACCAACUGGAUUAGGGGUCGUGCUCAAAAUCACCGCCUUUUUAAGUCACUUUGUGAAGAUCUUGGAAAUGAACAUACAAUUUUACUUUUCCACACAGAAGUCCGAUGACUCUCCCAUGGGAGAGUUUUAACCCGCUUCUUCGAGAAGAAAUCAAAGUAUUUCUGAAGGA